AUGGUCUUUCGCGAAAGAUUUUCAACAGCUGUCAAAUUAUCACCAAACAUCGGAUCAAUUGCCUUGAGUUUCAAUGGCGGAAAAGAUUGCACUGCACUUCUGGUCCACCUUCUUGCCUGCAUUGGUGGUAGGAGUCCCCUCCCACUUUUGUAUCUCCACAAUGAUGAUCAAUUUGAGGAGGAGUGGGAAUUUUCUUGCGCCUUGACAUCAAUGAUUGGAGCAGACAAGGUGCAACUGCAUCGACUUGAAUGCACAGAUUUAAAGGAUGGGCUUUCCAGCUUUCUUCAAAAAUAUCCCAACAUCUCUGUGCUCUUCCUAGGUGUCCGAUUAUACCCUGACAGGCCAGAUGAGCUAAAACCGAUCCAAAUGACGGACCCCGGAUGGCCCCAAGUCCUGCGCGUCCACCCACUUCUCGACUGGACAUAUUCUGAGAUCUGGCUCUUUCUAAGGACGCUUUCGAUUCCUUACUGCACGCUGUAUGACCAGGGAUACACCUCCAUAGGGGGGAAAGAAAAAACAAAACCUAACCCGGCUUUACGGUGCACCCGUGAACAAGGUAAAUACAAACCGGCAUACGACCUUUUGGACGAUUCUUUGGAAAGGGCAGGCCGGAGCUAA